UCCGCCAUUGGUUGGGGUGUGACAAUCCAUGACACACGUCAACAAAUAUCAUCAGCGACGACAAAUGUCGCCGCUAAAAGUCAAAAAAUUCUUUUUUUCCUUGCUUAAUCCCAGUUUUUGCAAAAUUACCGUAACCUGCUGUUUCUUUUAGUUUUCCACAGGCAAACAAUACUUCAAGCAACACCAAGUUUUAAACAUAAACCUACAACAAAAGUAUUUUGAUUGGUUAAGUUAAAGUUUUGAAAGCCCUAAAUUUAAUACAAAUACAUCAUUCUCCCUCCUCGUCUGUGUCAUAUUCGUUGCCUUUUCUUGAUUCCUUCUUAUCCAUAGCUUGGUAGAAUCGUUCCAUAAAUCUCGGGUCUUCAAACAAUCUUCGUUAAUAUCUUUUUGGCUACAUAAUGUGUAAGGGGAACCUUGUUGCCUUUAGGAGGUGAAGAUUGCAAAAACUCGAGAAGCUCAUCAAAUGAACGGUUAGUCCAUUUGUUCUUCGUCUCACAUAUGCAUAAGCUUUGAAAUAAAGUCAAGAGAUAUGAAGACAAGUAAUUCUUUACUUUCUCCUUUUACAAAGAUUAUAAUUCUAUAAAUACGCCACCGGUCCUUCAUCUUAAAAAACAAGUGAUUCUUUACUUUCUCCUUUUACAAAGAUUAUAAUUCUAUAAAUACGUCACCAAUCCUUCAUCUUAAAAAACAAGUAAUUCUUUACUUUCUCCUUUUACAAAGAUUAUAAUUCUAUAAAUACGCCACCGGUCUUUCAUCUUAAAAAACAAGUAAUUCUUUACUUUCUCCUUUUACAAAGAUUAUAAUUCUAUAAAUACGCCACCGGUCCUUCUCUUAAAAAACAAGUAAUUCUUUACUUUCUCCUUUUACAAAGAUUAUAAUUCUAUAAAUACGCCACCGGUCCUUCAUCUUAAAAACAAGUAAUUCUUUACUUUCUCCCUUUACAAAGAUUAUAAUUCUAUAAAUACGCCACCGGUCAUUCAUCAUUCAUUCAUCAUUUCUCACCUCAGAGUUUUAGGUUCCAAGUUCCAACACUUUUCACCUUCUUCCCUUCCUGUCUUUAUCCUCAUAAUAUCUAUCUGGUCAUCGAUUCCCAUUUCUCCCUCAUAAGAAUCAUGGCGUCUUUUGUUACCUCUUAUGGCAUUGAGUCUGAACCUGCCACUUCCUCCUCUGUACCCGUCACUUCCUCCUCCGUACAAGGGCCACACCCGUUCCGUCUCAUCGAACUUUCAGAGAUUCGCAAAGCAACAGAAAACUUUGAUGAAUCAUUAGUAAUCGGGAAGGGAGGUUUCGGGAAGGUUUACAAAGGUAACAUGAUCAAUGGAGAAAGUCUUCUUGUUGUUGCGAUUAAACGUUUGGAUUCCGAGUCACGUCAAGGGGCAGCAGAAUUUGAAACGGAAGUUAAAAUGCUUUCUACAUUGCGCCACCGUAAUAUUGUGUCCUUGAUUGGUUGUUGUAUUCAUGAACAAGAGAAAAUACUUGUGUAUGAAUACAUGUCCAAAGGAUCACUUUAUGAUCAUCUCCAUAAACGUGGUACCUCUCUUUCUUGGCCUAGGCGACUCAACAUAUGCCUAGAUGCAGGCCGUGGGUUAUCAUACUUGCACAAUCAUGUCGCAGUCGACUAUGGUGUUAUACAUAGAGAUUUCAAGAGCGAAAAUAUUUUAUUACAUGAAAGCUGGACUGCAAAGGUUUCCGAUUUUGGGUUGUCAAAAGCAUGCCCGACGAACAUGCUAUCUGAUUAUGUUAGUGAAAGUGGCAAAGGGACUUUUGGGUAUAUGGAUCCCAAUAUUUUCCGUUCUGGAAAAAUUACAAGGAAGUCCGAUGUAUUUGCUUUUGGGGUGCUGUUGCUGGAAGUGUUGUGUAGGAGGCGUGCAGUGAGUAAGAAUCUUGGUGAGCAGGAACCACAGGGUUUGGUGGCAUGGUUCCAAACUAAGAAAGAAGAGAAUUUAGAUCAUAUAGUAGAUUCAGAGAUAAGGAGCGAAAUACACCGAAAAUGUUUGGAGCAAUUUAUUAGACUUGCUGAGAAUUGUUUGCACGACAAGCCAGAAGAGCGCCCAAACAUGGAUAUGGUUGUGACCACUCUUGAGUUGCUUAUUUUCUCACAAGAAAAAGCCAAUACGCAAGCUGGAGGCAAAACAAUAUUUAGUAGAUUGGUUGAUAGGCUUCCCUUCCCCUCCAGAGGAGAAAAGUCUGAGAUGAUAGAAGUUCGUGCUCAUUUCCAAAGUCCAAACCCAACUCUAAAAGAAGUUAAGUUUGCGGAUUUAAAAAAAGCUACAAAAAAUUUUAGCAUGGAUAUGCGUAUUCCGCCUACAUAUGUGGGAAGGGUGUUCUUAGCAUGGGUUGAGCAGAACACAUUGGCCCCUUCAAAAGAACGUGAUGGAAUUGCUAUUGCGGUUAAAAGGCAUAUACCCUCUGCUAAAUGGCUAGCAGAGAAGAACAUCUUAGGACAAUUGGCUCAUCCAAAUAUCAUUAAACUCUUGGGAUACUCUAAUAAUGAAAACGAAAACUUGCUUGUUUACGAGUACAUGCCAAACAAAAGUUUUCUUGAGUUUUUCUGCACGGAGACAAUUUCAUGGGAAAUCCGACUUUUAAUAAUGAUUGGAGUUGCCCGCGCACUGGCAUAUUUGCAUUUGAAAAAUAUCAUACAUGGUGGUUUGGAACCCUCUCAUAUACUACUUGAUGAAGAUCUUAGUGCAAAACUCGGGGGUUUUGGGUUGGCGACAAAUGGCCCUGAAACACAUGUUCUUACAGAAGUUGAGGGACGCAGAGGAUAUAUGGACCCAAACUACCAAUCUAAUGGCCAGUUGACUCUGAAGAGUGACAUCUAUGGUUUCGGAGUGAUGUUAUUGAAAAGUAUAACAGGCCGAAGCUUUUUUUUCCUCCAUGAGAAUCAAACCUUGGUAGAUUGUGCCACAGGGAUCCACACAAAUAGAAGAAAUGUAAAGGAAAUAAUUGAUCCACGUCUUGAAGACAACUACUCCCUACAAAGUGUUUCUGAAUGUUUUUCAUUGGCAGUAAGAUGUGUUUCCAACAACCCCGCGGAUAGGCCUUCAAGUGAAGAAGUUUUGCAGAAUUUGGAACAAAUUCAUGCUCUCUACAAGUAAUGGAAGGAAAAUCCCAGACACAUGACUGUAUGAAAUAAGGUUGAUUUGUUUUAUUAGUAGUAGUGUCCUCAACUAGCUUGCCAAAUAAAAAACAUGGGAUGUAUACAGAGACUUCAAAGGUUUAAUGGAUGCACUUAAUUAUAUACGAAUUCUCUUU